AUGACGACUACGAUAGAACCCUUCUGCACUUCUAUAUUGCGAACAUUGAGAAGAUCACUUAUACCUCCGACAUUACCUCGUCCGUUACCAGCUCAUAAUGUAUCUUUCACAAAAACACCAAGCGAAUCUGCGGUAUUGAUACCGUUAAUGAACUUGAAUGGGAAGCCACAUGUACUGAUGGAAGUCAGAGGAAGAGGUCUGAGGGUCCACGCUGGUGAAGUUAGCUUUCCAGGAGGUAAAGCAGAUCCUACAGACGAAUCGCUUAUUCAAACUGCUUUGAGAGAAGCUCAAGAAGAACUUGCGUUACCCCCGAAUCACAUCGAGAUAUUAGGAAUGUUAGAUCCUGAAUACAGCUUAGGUAAUAAGACUAGAGUAUGGCCUUUUGUUGGAUUCAUCCAUUCUGAUCCACCUCCAUUCCCAUCAAUACCACAAACCUUACCGUCACUACCUAUAUCAUCUUUCGUUCCUAACGAAGAUGAAGUAUCUUCCAUCAUACCCUUACCAUUAUCAGUUUUACAAUGUCCAGAAAAACUAAAAACGCAUUACUUCAGAUUAGAUCUAAAUAAACCUUAUUAUAGAAUACAGUGUUCAGAUUACGUUAUACCGCCAUCAUCCUCCUCUCGCUCCUCAACGGAUAAGGCUGAAGGACUAGGAGAAGGGCAAGGAGAAGGAGAAGGGAAGAGGAAAGUCGGCUUAGAGGAGAAUGGUGAACUUUCUGAUCAAUUGGAAAUUUGGGGUUUGAGCGGUUGGAUCUUGAAUAAAUUAGCUGAAAGAGCAGGCUGGAUCAAGAUGCCCCCUAAAGGUAUAUCACCCGAGGACUAG